AUGGCAUUCAUGUAUCCGGCUCAUUAUCCAACGGUUCCACUGAAAUGGGAUGAAUCUGUUUGGGUGAAUAGUGGAUCAGCAUCUACUGAUAGUCAAGAGGAGGCUUUACUCUCGAACAUCGAAUCCCGAAUUAGUUCCCAGAGUGAGAGUGUACGGAUGCGAUGCAUAUCGGAAAGUGUAUGUGGUGUUGGGGGAGCGGGCGGUGGAGUUGGAGCUUUGUCGCAGGAAGAUGACGAAGAGAUUGAAGAGGAUGAGGAGGAGGAUGCUGGUGCUGCUGAUGAAGACGAAGAACAGAAUGUUCGUUGA